GUGUAUGUCGAUACCAAGCGGGAUCAACAACGAUUCUUGCAAAUGCUGGAGCCAGUAAAAGAAGCACUUCUCAAGAAAAUCACAGAGUGCGCCAAAGAGUCGGAGGCGGAUGCCACGUCCCUCAUGCAGUACUACGCAAAUGUGAUCAACUACAACUGCGUGGGCGGAAAGUUGCUUCGGGGGCUGCUGACAGUAUACGCGUCCCUGGCUGCCUCUCACGAACUCCAAUUUUCAGAGUCUUCCGAAUCCAAGAUUGGUGCUGCUGCUCAGCAGCCUGCGGACCGAGCAAGUGCAGCAACAGCAGCGUCCAAGGCAGCAGGCGACGUGUGCCUUGAGUCUGCCUUCUCUUCCAGUGUAUGCGUGCUGGGGUGGGGGGUCGAGCUCUUACAAGCGGCCUUCCUUGUGGCUGACGAUCAGAUGGAUGGAGCUGAGACGCGCAGAGGGAAACCAUGCUGGUUCAGACUGCCGGCAGUAGGGCCCGCUAAUGCGAUCAAUGACUCGUUCUUCCUUGCCUACGCUUUAAACCAAGUUCUCAAGGAUUUCAUGGGGAACCACUCGGCCUUUGGUGCAUGCAGCCAGCUUAUACAAGAUGUCGCCUUCAAGACGGUGCUAGGUCAGCAUCUCGAUACCAAUGGACAGGUGCACUUGCUGACGGCGCAACAGCACCAGCAUCAAGGGCAGCAAGGGCAGCAGCAGCAGGCGCUGCUGUGCGUGCUCCAAGAAGGAGGCCCCGCUGCAGAGAAGGCUCUGCAACAGCUUGCUGCAGCAACACGCAGCAGGCAACAAGCAGCAGCCCGGCUCAAGACAAGCUACUAUUCCUUCUGGCUUCCCACGGCCCUAGGGCUGCUACACAGCGGUGUUACGGACGCCUCGCUGCUUAGUAAGACGGAAGAAGUCUGCCUCUGCAUUGGUGAUUACUUUCAAGCACAGGACGAUUUCCUCGACUGUUUCGGCUCUCCUAAGACUCUUGGUAAAGCCGGCAGCGACAUUCGUGAAGGCAAGUGCAGCUGGCCUUUCGCUCAGGCCAUUGCCGCUGCAACUCCCAAAGAGGCGGCGGCCCUGCUCGAAGUCUACGGCCAAGCAGAGGGAGAAGAUCGCGUUCGCGAGCUGUACAUGCACUUGGGAGUGCAUACGCGGUUCAAGGAGUAUGAACACAAAUCAAGAGAGUAUAUCCUCAGGCGCGUUGAGGGCCUCGAGCACCGCGGGCUGCAAAGUUUCUUCGCUGCGCUGCUGCAGCUCCUGUACCGCAGACUCUAUUAG